CCAUCCAUCCACCCACCGCUCCCUCUCUCCACACUUCCACAACCUCCCUCUGCUCUGCCUCUGCCCCGCGGUCCUCGACCGAUAUGAACUGCUCCAUCCUCAAGGCGGCGGCGGUUGCCGGGGCCGCGGCCGUCCUAUUGGCUGCCACGGCGAGCGCGGCCGGCUCGUACGCCGUGUCCGCCGCGCCCCUCGUGAUCCCCUCCGGCUUCCUCUCGUCCCCUCACUUCCUGUGGGUCGCCGCCAACGCCAUCGUCCUCUGGCUCAUCGUCUCCUCCUACCGCCACCACAGAACCACUGGCGCCGCCGUGUCAAGCGACAUGGACGGCGCCGGUCUCCUCUUCCCGUCUCCCGAACAUGAAAACCACGCCUUCGCCGCCGCGCCGGUCGUGGUCUCGCUCUCGCCUCGAGAGGCGAGAGCGGCGGCCAAGCAGAGGCUGGCCGGCGACCGCCCCCGCGCGCGCAAGAAGAAGCCGGCCUGCGAGGGCACGCCACCUGCGAAGGCCGAGGCGCCCGUGGGGGAGGCCAUGGCGACGUCCGGCGCCGUGGUCGUGGCGGACGACGUGUCGAUGGACGCGGCGUGGCAGUCGAUCCUGCGGCGGGGCGUGGCGCGGCCGGUGGCCGUGCGGAAGAGCGAGACGUGGGGCGGCGAGGAGCUCCCCCGGAUGCGGCGCGCGGCCGACAGGGCAGUCGUUGGCGUUGCCGAGCGGAGGACGGGAGAGAUGCGGAAGUCGGCGUCCAUGGUGCCGCCGUCGCCGCCGCACCCGGCCGCGGCGUCGUCUCCGGUGGCGGCGAAGCAGGGGUGGCGGACGAGGGACGUGCUGGGCAUGGCGCAGGACGAGCUCCUCCGCCGCGCCGAGAGCUUCAUCCGGAGGCAGCACGAGCACCUGCGCAUCCAGCGCCAGGAGUCCGAGCAGCGCCAGGCCUUGGUGGAGCACGAGCGCCGACGCCCCGCCCAAAUCCGCGUCUAGCCUCCGGACUUGGCGACCGGCCACUCCAUGCGUCGCCCCUGCAUGGAUCGGAGACUGUACAGGAGUUGACUCUACAUAGCUACUGGUCGCGACCAUCCUCAAGGAUUCAAGACACAAAGAUGCCGCCCCUUUUGCAUGCAUGCACGCCACGCCUAGCUAGGUCCUACUAGAUGGAACGAAUUGAACAACACUACUGUAGGCCGGGAGAUCGAUCGAGAGGAGGACGCGCGCGCGGCCAUGGCUGUGUGUUGCGUGCGCACUGAAAUAAUUAAGCACUGGUCAUGAACCGUGUCCUCUCCUCCGAUUGGUGUAGAUUAUUGUAGUAUCCGCAAGCAACAUCAUGUUUGGGUGAUGCCUGCCUAGCGUGGGGAUCUAUACUAAAUGUAAGUUGACCUCUAAAAUAAAUGGAGUGAGUUAGUCGUUCCUUUAAUUGUUCUUUGUUA